AUGUCAUUCAGAUUUGGCCAACAUCUCAUCAAGCCCUCUGUGGUGUUUCUCAAGACAGAACUGUCCUUUGCCCUUGUGAACAGGAAGCCUGUGGUACCAGGACAUGUCCUUGUGUGUCCACUACGGCCCGUGGAGCGUUUUCGAGACCUUCGUCCUGAUGAAGUGGCCGAUUUGUUUCAGGCCACUCAGAGAGUGGGGACAGUGGUGGAGCAGCAUUUCCAAGGGACCUCUCUCACCUUCUCCAUGCAGGAUGGCCCUGAAGCGGGACAGACUGUGAAGCACGUUCAUGUCCACGUUCUUCCCAGGAAGACUGGAGACUUUAGCAGGAAUGACAGCAUCUAUGAUGAGCUGCAGAAACAUGACAAAGACGAGGACUCCCCGGCAACUUGGAGAUCGGAGGAGGAAAUGAUGGCGGAAGCUGCAGCGCUGCGUGUCUACUUCCAGUGA